GGAAACUGCCAGUGAGGUGGCCUAAAACUGCCUUAGAUGGUAUCGAACGGCAAAGUUUUAGGUUAGGCGGUGUGCGUUUUUUAAAGUUUUGUUAGAAUGAAUGGAGGCGCGUACUCGAAUUUUGACACCCAAGAGCAUAUUCUUAAACUAGGCGAAACGUUUGAGAGACAGCCAAAAAGCGCAUUUCACACCGUGCGAUAUGACUUCAAACCAGCUUCCAUUGACACUGCAUGCGAGGGGGAGCUGCAGGUGGGCAAAGGAGAACAGGUGACCAUAACACUGCCCAACCUGGAGGGCUCUACAGCACCGGUGACAGUAUUCAAGGGUUCCAAAAGGCCUUAUAUGAAGGAAUGCAUCCUGAUUGUGAACCACGACACUGGAGAGUAUCGUCUGGAGAAGCUCAACAGCAACAUCGCGGUCAAGAAGACCAGGGCUGAAGGUAGCAGUAAGAUCCAGUCGCGCCUCGAGCAGCAGACCAACCGACUGAGCCAGCAGAUGAGGAGUGGAAGCAGCAACAGCAGCAAAGCUCCGGUGGGAUCUAAGAGCUCACCUCCUAAGGAGAAGAUGUCCCCAGCCUCUCCCAUGGAUGACAUUGAGAGGGAGCUGAUGGCGGAAGCACAUGAAAUGGACCAACUGAGCAGUGGGGACAGCUCAUCUGACUCAAAGAGCUCAUCGUCUAGCAGUGAGGACAGUUCCAGCAGCGAUUCGGAGGACGAAGCAUCGCGACCUUCUGGGCCAUCCUCAGCCAUGUCCUUCUCUGGCCCGACCAACAGUAUGCCCAUUGUGACCACCUCCCAAAGCCGAAUGGAGGACAGUGGGGGCCACUUCAUGAGUACACUCAAAAAUGACCUGCAGCUGAGUGAGUCUGGAAGCGAAAGUGACUAAAAGGUUUAUGGACCGAAGGUGACCAUGUCUUCGUGUUUCCUCAUGUUAAGUAAUUUAAGGUGAAAAGUGGAGUUGGAGUUCAAAUACUUAUGCCACUUCACCUAUUUAGUACCCCAUUUCAUCAGUUUUAUGUGUAGCUAAGAUUUCAAUUUCAUGGAUUUUACAGUCAACACAGUGUGUUGUCAUAUUGCGUACUUUGCGGGCCUCAAAAGACUGAAUGUAAAUAUUCAGAGAAACUGGCCCCUAGAGCAGAUCUUUUGUUUUCACUUUGGCAGAUGAAAUCAAAAAUGUUAAACUGGAAGUUUGAAUUUUGUUGUUAGGGAUUGUUAAAGUCAAUCAUUUCAUCAGAUUUGAGAUUUUCCUUAAUUUAUUAUAGUAAGCAAAUGGAAUAUAAUCCUGUCAACAUCAGUAUUAGAGAGUGGGAUUUCCAGGACAACAGUAUGUAGUAUUUCCAGGUCAUACAAUCUUUAUUUCCAGAUAUUUUAAUUGAUACAGAGAGCAAGUAUGAAUUGUAACAUAUCAUUGAUUAACUGCAGAAGAUAAGUGCACUACAAAAAGUCUUGAGUAAUAAAGUAUAUCAAGUUCAUUGACAAUGUAUCUUUAGUAUUAUGCUCUGUGGCUUUGGAACUUGAAACCUGCAAUACUUGAAUUUGUCUUGCUAUGAUCUUUUAUACUCCUUAUAUUUAUAGAUACAGCCAAAAGACCUAACUUUAAUACAUUUAUAAUGUAAAAUGAAUUGUGAUUUAUGAAUUACAUGAACUGUUAGCAUCUACCAAUAUUAAAGUAUUGUCUGCAUCUUUACCUUUUUCUGUUUUCUUUUACUUUGGCCUUUUUCCCCCAAAGGAAAUGGUUUAUAAUUUUGAAAUCACAAUUAUCAAUUUAAAAAAAACUAGAAUGAAUAAAAAAAAGCAUUGGCAUCCCCUAGCUGCCUGGAUCAAAUUCAAAACUCUACUACUGGCCUACAAAACUAUUAACGGACCUGCUAGAAACCUAGAUAUCUAACAGACCUGAUCAUUCGGUACACCCCAACCAGACAGCUGUGUUCCCCUACCUCUGCUUGCUUGGUGGUCCCAUGCACAAAUAGUCCAAAGUCAAAGGCACAAAGGUUUUUGGCUCUGGCUCCAGGGUGGUGGAAUGAUUUCGCCCUCUCAGAAUUGCUCUCUACAUUUAAUUGUAUCAAAACUCACCCUUUUGUACUCAUUUUCCCCUGAUCUUGUAUGCAGAUGAUACAUUUCCUUUAAUUUAUUGAAUGAGUAAACCUUUAUGCAGUUAACUUGUGUAUUGGUUCAUGUGAUAGUAUAUGACAAGUUGACUGUACCCUGGAACCAUGGCUCGGGAUCCAACUCGCUCCCUCUUGCUGUAUUCCAUUUUUUUCUCUCUCUGAGAUAGAUGUUGCUUUGAAGAGAAGUCUGCUAAAUAAAUGUAAAUUGUAAUUAUACUACCCCUGUUGUCACCCCCUACAGGAUGCUUCCCCCUACAAACAGCGGGGGGG